AACCUACCAACCAUAUGUUUUCACUGUGGUCGGGCUGGCCACUCGAGUCAUAGCUGUCUUUACCGACCUACAGCACACGAGCAGGAUGGAUAUACCCGACAGGUGCACGAGGGUGAGAAGGAAUCAGAAGACAGCACGAGGCCUGUGGGCGGCCGAGACGAGUCGGCUUAUGGCCCGUGGGUCCAAGUACCACAGCGGGCGCGUCCGAUGACUUCCAAACGAGACAAGGAGACAUAUAGAUCACACACCACUAGGGGUCUUCGGCCGGUCGGAGGGUCGGGAUCUAGAUUUGAUUUGUUGGCUAAGAUAGGGUCCGGGCAAACCAACCAGGUCUUGGAGUUCGGAGCC